AUGAGGAGUUCUUUAAAAGUACAUGAGGAGCCAAUAAACUCAACCUCAUGGCAAAUACCUCAUGGCACACCAUGGUAAAUUCAAUUCAGGGAAAACUUGUUGAGAGCUGGAACUGCACCCCAAGAUGAAACUCACGGUUUGAAGAAAAAAUCAAUUGCAAGCCACGCUGAAAUUCAAGGAAGGAAAUCAAAAAAUACAAAACCAAUUAGCCAUAAUAAUAGGCCAGCAAGGCAGAGUUUUCCUGAAUAUUCAUCAACGAUGAAUGGAAGACCAAUCAACUAACUCAAUUAAGAUUAUUAAACAUUUUCUUGGAGUAAUAAGGACCUUUUAUCCCACCUUACUUACUCCCAUCUCCAUGAGCCAUCAGAUUAAUUUAUCUUCCAGUAAUAUUAUUUUUUGGACUUCUCUCCUUUUUCAAAGUUGACGAGUAAAAGUUAUAUUCUCUUAAAAUUGUCAACGAAGGAACCACUAAAAACUGCAAAACCAAGCCGAAUGCAAACAGCAGAUUUGCAACCCUCUUCCCUGUCUUGCUUAGCUUCACGCCAAAGGAUGAUCCCAAACUUAGACAAAGUCUAGAGCAGACAGACUAGCGACCCCACAAUUUUAAUUGCAUAAGGAAGACCAACCACAUCGAGAAAAAAGAGGAUUCCUUUAAAAAAAGGAGUUCCUCAGCCAAGCAUCCCUACAGAGCCUUCCUUAGAAUUCUAUAAAAACCCUUCAGGGGCUAAAGUUAUAUCCCUUGAUGAUGAUUCUCUAGAGGAGAACGAAGCACUAGAAAUCAGGAAACGCCCACCCUGUCGCCAAAAUGCAAAUAUUUGUGAUUUGGAGGACAAAGUUUUCACAGUAAGUGCUAUAUAGAAGUUGAAUGGACUUAUGGAGCCUAAAAGCCGAGAAAGACAGCCUAUAAAGAUACUGCCAAGCAAAUUGAGGCCACCUUCAAGACAUAAAACUCCCCCUAAAGCAAUUGGAUUGGAGUAUAUCCCAAAAAAGCAUCAGCUUGAAUAUCCAGAACUUGAUAAUAUGUUCGAUACUUUACUUCCUUCCCCUACUUCAUCAGACCAUCCUGAAGAAGAUCCAUUUUCCAGCACAAUGCCUGUAAAUUUAAAUGAUAGAAAGGAAACCCGCAAAGAAAGAACUCAUUCCAUGAUUGAUCCUGCAGAAAUCAAAAACUUGGAGGCUGGAAUUGCAAGAGAACAAAGAUCUGCAUCGACAAAGGGAAAGAUUAAAUCUCGAGAGGAAAAAGAGUCUUAUAGAAUUUAUAACGCUUAACGUCCACUACGGGGUGACAACCCCAGGUACUAUCACUCGCCUUGCGUCGCAUCGGGCCCACAGGUCGCUGGGGAUGGCCUGCUUCGAUCACCAGGGUGCUUCUCGGGAAAGUGUUCCGGCUUCGACGGCUCAUGGAUGAGCUACUUGCUUGAUACAUAGGCUGCUUUUCCAAAAACCCAAAAAAUGGAUUUUUCUGGUCGGCUAUCGGCAAAAAGGAAAAAUACGUAGCCUGGGACGUAACGCCCAGUUUCACGCUAGGAAGUUGCCAGAAUGGUCCUAACGGACUCUGCUGAGCUUCCCCUUUACAACUCCAUGCCCUCCUUCCCCACGAGGAAAAAUCCACCCCUGAGAAUAGACUAGGACUAGGCUCUGAACACCACCAGAAUUGCUUACCUAGUAUUGCCGUCCAUCUCUAGAAUGGUAAAACCUUGCCGGAUAUAUUUAAAUAUGAGUCGAGGCUAUAUGGCCUGGAGGCCAUGCCAGGACGAAGACGCCAUAUUUAAUUAUAUGAGAGGAAAAAGAGUCAAAUUCGAAUGCUCGAGCUUGGUCUGCCAAAAGGCAGCAAAAGUUUAUCGAUAUACCAUUGAUAGUAAACAAAAGGCAAAAAAAUCUUUAUACUGCAACUCCAACUAGAAGGGGAAAGUCCAACACCACUGAAAUUGAAGAUGAAAACUGUAGAUUUUUUGAGAAAAGGAAUAUAAGGAUCAAUAAGAUGAGCAAGCAAAAAACUAUCAGGGCAAAGAGUUCUGUCAGCAAAUCAAAAAUCAGCCAGACUUUGCCAUUUCUAAGUUCUCUUGAGCCAGAAUUUUUGAAUCUUUUUGCCAAGAGUGAUAUCAAUUUUUAA